AUGGGUAACACGGAAUUAAAACCUUAAAUUGUUCAUUCAAAUCAAUGGGUCAUGAUUAAAUAACUCAAUCAUCCUUUAUAUGGACCAAUAAAAGUAUUUAAGAAUAGUUAGGAAAAAUAAUAAUGUUUACGUACAUUCACAUUGUAGGAAGAAGAAGCAAAUAAAAUAAAUGAAGAAAUAAAAAAAGUAAAUGAAGAAUAAGUAUUUAAUAUAAUUAAUGUAGUAUAAUUUCGUAAAAAUAAAUAAAAUAGAGCAUGAAGUUGAAUCAUAAUUAUGUAGUACAUUUCAUAAAAUUCAUUUAACAAUAGAUUAUACAGAAAAAAAUUUGAAAAACAUAUAUUAAAUAGAUGUGUAAAAAUUUAGUUUGGAGAUGCUUAGAACAUUAGCAUUUUUAGAUUUUCGUAAAAGAGACACUUGUUAAUUUAGUUUAUCUAAAUUAUUACUUUUUGGAGAUUAAGUGAGAAUUGUGGAUUAAUAACUAUUAUGUCAAUAGAGUGAUUAUUAGCGAAUAUUAUCUGGAGAUAUAAAAUGUGAAGAUUGGUAUUUUGCUCCAGAAGUUUUGAAAUGUUUAAGAAUGAAUGAUUAUAAAUAAUUUAAUAAUGAGAAAGCCACAAUAUUUAAUUUUGGAUUAAUUAUGAUAUCAUUAUACACAGAAGUAACACCAUAUGAAGCAGAAAUUUAUAAUUAUGAGAAAUAUUGCUUGACUGAAAAAUUCGAUAAAUACUUAAAAUUAUUUACAUAAUUUAAUUUGAAUAGUAAAAAUAAUAAUAUAUAAAUAAAAGAAAAUUUAGAAAAAUAAAUUUUAGAUUGUGUUAGUAUGAUUCCUGAUAGAAGGCCAACUUAUUCUUAAUUAUUAGAUGAAUUUAGUAAUCCCUCAAUAUUUGAAUAAGAAGUAGAAGAUAAAUCUCCAUCUCCAUAAAAAGCCGAGUCAAGUUAUUUAGUUCCAACAGAUUAAUUAGUUUCUUUUAAUCCAACACUAAUGGAUGAAAGAGUUUUAUCUGAUACAACAAAUAAAAAGUUAAAUGAUAAUAAAAUAUUAAUGAAAAAGAUAGAUUAAGAAAAGCAUUAGAAUACACCAAUUUGUUAAUCCCCAAAAUUUAGAUAAGAGAGUUUGUAGACUUAAACAACUGUUGGAAAUUUGAGAUCCACUAAAUUAUAUAAUUUAGAAGGAUUAUAAAAAUAGUAGAGAAAUAUAUAAAAUAAAAGUAAAUCUUAGUAAAAAAAAUUAAAUAAUAAGAAAUUUUGAUUAUAUAUAUAUGAG